UUUUUGAAGUCUAUUCUGGUUAUUGUAUGCGGCUAUUUUGAUCCAUAUGCACAGCCAAUGUCAAAAUUUAAAAAUAAAAUAGAAAGAGUUCGAGAGGUUCGAGAGCUUCGUGAGAGAGAGUAUUAAAGCGAAAGAAACGAAUCAUCAGUAGGUGCUGAUAUGUGGAACUGUGAAGAGUGAAACAUUAAUUUGAAAUUGUUAAAGAAAUUCAAAUUUUGUUUUCAUGUGAAUAAUUGAAACGGAUUUUUUUUUGCAAUGAGCAAUUAGGUUUAACUGAAUUGAAAAUUGACUACAAAACCAAAAAAUUGUGUGACCGAUCCUGUAUGCAUUCCCGAAUUAAUUAUUAAUCAAUUGUUGUGUCAAAGAAGUCGGUCAUAAUAAAAAAGAGUCGUUGUGUCAUUGUGUGAGGAUAAGCGCGCGGAGUUAAAUACACCGAUUUCGUCUAUUUGAUUAGGAAAAUUCGCCAUCAUUUUUACCGACUACAUAAUCUAAUGUGAUAAUAGGAAUUUACAAUAUAAAAAGAGGAAUUGUGUGGCACGGCUUACCGUCAUUUCCAGAGCGAGACAAUUCGUACGGAUUGAAUUCAGUCGAUUCUAACAAUAACUAUACUACAUUUAAUAGAGAUCCGUAUCUCUCGCACCUUGGCAUCAAUAAUUUUUGAGGUUGUAUUAUGAGCGGCGUCGUACGUAAUGGAUUCUCAACGCUUAAUCGAUUGCUGGGAAAGAAAAACAAGGAUUCUACACUGUCCAGAUCCACAUCAAACCUUAGCAAAUCAGUUACAAAUCUGGAUGCAUCUAGUCAACACAAUAAAAUAGUACCAUUAGCAGCGAGUACAAACGCACCAUUCGAGCAGACAUUCCGGAUAACAAUAUGCUUACCUCGUGAUCAAUUGUAUGUCGCCAGAGUUGGGGCCAAAACAAAAUUAUGGCAACUGUUAGAAAUGGUUUGCACGAACAAACUUUUAGACAAAAACAAAUUCGAAUUCCGGCAUCCAAGUGAUUCGUCGCAGGUGUACAGCAACGAUUUAACAAUCGGCGAAGUGGGACUGAAUGAAAUCCGUUUAUCACUGAAAACGGACAGCCAUCAUGAACCCUAUCCGAAAUUCCACACCGACGAAAUUGUCAAAUUGCGUCAAAACAGUCGAGAAUCGUUGUCAUCAUCCGAAUUCAGCAAAAAUUCCAGUCGACAGUACAUCAAGACUACAUCACCAUAUAGCUCAACAAAUUCGCUCAGCUCAAUGGAUUCAACUGGAUUGAAUAGUCGACACCAUCCACCCAUAGCUCCGAGCCGGAAAAAACGAAUCGCACCGCGUCCACCUAGUCAAAGUUCGCUAUCCGAACGGUCAGAUGUGAACGGUGGUGAGCAUGUGUUUAAACAACCGCAGCCAGUAAUGCCGCCGAAAAACUUUUUCGUUUCGUCGCCAAAUCUAACAAACAACACCGAUACCAAAGGAAACAAACAACACGAAGCGUCCGACAAGAAAAUCCAUCGAAUAGAAGAGCAAGAAAUUGAAAAGAAACCCACGCCACGACCGACGUCUUUGCACGGUUUAAGGCAGAUCAGUGUACAAAGCAAUGGCGACAAUCGUGCAACGUACGCUGCUCCUUCGCCAACCGUUACUCCUGUCACUCCAGCGAUUGUUGAUGCUUCAACGACAGUAAACGAUUCGCUGGAAUUCAAAGACGAACGUCCCGAACCGGUUCCACGGAAGCGCACAGUUUUGGGUGGAAAGAAAAAAGCUCCAUCUCCACCGCCUAGAGGACUUCCACCAGUUGCACCUCCGAGGAGUGUUUCGAAAGUUGAUUUAACUGAACCAAUCAAUGACACUCCGGCGACACCAAAUCCAAAUGUCAGCAAAGUGAUGCUAAACGUGAACAGCGACACUGAAGUAGAACCAAUUCAAGAACCGAAAGAGACUCUCGUACGCUCAACAGCAAAAUCACCUCCACCCCCAACAACACCACUAAAAUCAUCAGAAACACCAGUCGGUAGUCCACAAACUGAAACGAAACUUAUAGCAAAUGACGACGAUGCAUUGAGUCAAGAAAUUGAAACCGAUCUUAGCAGCACCAAUCGAACGGAUAGUUCAGACGAAGAGGAAACCAAAGUCUACAAUAUACAAAUGGGUAAAUCACUAGUCGUCGAAAAGACGCAAAGACACAUCGAGGACGUUGAGGUGGUUGAGAACAUCAAGAAUGAAAACAAGGAAGUUAUUGAGAACACCCAACAACACGUAAAGAUAAAUGGUACGGAAAAUGAAAGCGUUUUGCUGAACAAACAUUUGGACAAUGCCAGAGAGACCACUCCAUCGCCCCGUUCGGAAUCACCAUUGUGGUCGUAUACACUACCAGCUCCAUCCACAUUUGCUGAUGAUAAAAAUAGCGAAAUAAGAGAUGAUAGUGACCGAAAGGAUGGGUCGGAUGUGAAUGGGGACUUGUCAUCAGAAGUGUCGGAUGUGUCAGAUGUACCAAUCAAAGCUUUUAUACAGAAACGAGUUCCCGUUGAUUUUCAUGCACUCGACGACAAAUCGAAUGCGGAAAGUAGUAUGACCUCCGACAUUGAGGACGGAUAUCAGGGCGAUAAGGCUCGGUUCAGUCGAGGCGCUUUGCUCCAGAGUUUGGAAAAUCAUCGUGACGAAUUUAUUGAAAAUGAAUUCGAGUUUUUGGAGAAACUGGAAGACGAUGACAAGCAGGUGGUGAUCAAGAAGGAUGUGCCAACGAUAAAUGGAUCCACUAACGAUACCGAUUAUAUACCGAUUCGAAAGCAGGACGUUAUUAGUGAAUUGAACAAUGUCAUCGUCAAUAAUCAACUGGAAACGGUAAUUAGGAGGAGCGAAACACCAGACGAUAUCGAAUCGGCGCAGAAAAGUUCCCUGUCAAAUUUUAUUAUCCAAACGUACACAAACCAUGUCGAUGUCAAAACCGAUUCACCAGUGGAGGAGAAAAUUGAUCAGCCGAUCAAAAGUUCAGUGGACGAAAUCAACAAGCCGACAGUAUGGGAUAGCGAGAUCAACAAGUCGGCAGCAUCGACUGAGGACAUCAAUAAAAGUGAUGACGAAAUCGUAUUGCGUCCUAAAACCGAGUACAUACAGUCGAAGAGACCGAGCCUAUCGAAUGGAAAUCUAUUCAAAUCGCCUCGUGUCAGCCGAUCGGAUUCAUUCCAUUCCACACGAAAUGGGUCCACAGAAAACCUCGGCUUAACAUCACGAAGCUCGUCGUACGUUUCUUUGGUGGGAAAUCAAAGCAACAAGGCCACACCCAGAAAUAGCCUUACCAAUGGCUCAUUGAUCGAUUCGAAUCGUCGAAAAUCGUCUAGUGAGUUGAGCAUUGCUGAUUCACCAUCGUUACAAUCACUGCUCGUCAUGAAAACCAUCUUGAGUAACUCACGAAAGAAUAGCUUGAACGUCGACAGUUUGUCGAACGGAUCGAAGGAGAAUGGUGAAUUGGAUGGUGAUAGUGAGUCGAAGAAGGGUUCUGUCGAAAUAGAAGCAAAGAGUCCCGUUCCAGCUCCAGUUUACGACGACAGUUCGAAGGAAAAUUCGCCACAAAACAAACUUCCAACAAAGCUAGAUGAAGCCGAUAAUCCGAAAUGGAAAUAUCAAGGGCCACCGGCUAUAAAUUUGGGUACAUGGGGUGAACGACCCAAGUCAAUGAUUGCCAUAAAAAACGACAACGAUUACAUAUUCGGUGGGACAAUCAAUCCAUCAGAUACAGUGGCAACACCCUCUGAAUCACCGAUGGUUUCUGCAAAGACAAUUAGUAAUCCAUUGAGUGUUGUUGUUGAAACUCCCGUUAAAAGUGUCGAUGUUACCGAUAAUGUUGACGUUCCCGAUAAUCACCUACCAAUUGUUCGAGCUGUUGUGAAGAAAGUGCAGCCCGUCGCCAACGUACCAACUGAUGCGAGUCGGAACAUCGAAAUUAGACGACCAAGUUACGAAGUGACAACGAUUGUAACCGAAAAAGUAAAGCCAGAGCCACGCGCUCCCCUGCAAAAUCGGUUUUCUUGGAAAAUACCCGCCACAUUCAAUCAACCCAUAUCCGGACACAAUAAUAAUUUCGAUAAAAAAGUUCCGACUGUACGUGGUUUCAAAGCUCCAGCAGAUGCCAUGAGUGACAAAGAUCAAAGCAUCGAUUCCGGAUACAAGUCGCUUUCGCCAACGGUCGUACUAAUCAAUUCGAGUAAAGAUCCACCAGCAGAACGUCCAAAAACACAACCACCGCCAACAGUGGCAAAGCGACCCUCAUUGCUGCGUCAGCAAAAGUCCGAAGAACCCAGCGCUGUACCAUUUUCACAGUUCACGCUUCGCAAAACCGGGUUAAAGGAGAAAAUUGUAGCCAUGGAUGCGGAUAACAACGAAUCGAAAAGCCAACCAACCGUCAUCUCACCGCCAAUUCAAACCAUUCAAUUGAGACAAAAACAAGAAAUUAAUAUUCGACCCGUCACGAUCCAUGCAACGACAACCAGAAUAACAGUUGCUCAGGAACCAAUCAAACCGGCUGCUACCGUCGAACCAUCCGUUCAACCGACACAAAAACUGGCUGUAGAAAAUAUUCGUCCGGUUGUAUCUAAUGGAACGACAGUAACAAAAGCAACGAUUCCCAUUCCGAAUGAGCCUGUCAAACGAUCGGUCAUAGUUUCUUCACCCAUUCAAAACGUUCAAUUGAGGCCGAAGCAGGACACUCAAAAAGUUCGUCCGAUUACAGUUCACACGACAGUACCUCCGCCGCCACCACCUUCAAUCGUAAAACAAGUACCAAUCGUCCGUGGUGUAAUUAAACAGAAAUCCUUGCCGUCCACUGCAGAUCCUCGUGAUGCGCUACUGGAUGCGAUAAAGAAUUUCAACAAAGGCAAUUUGAAGAAGAAGUAGUGAAGGUGAGAAGGGAAAGGGAAAAAAAUUAUUUUAAACAUUUUGUGUGCCAAAAAAAUUGGUCGAUUGAUUUUUUAUGGGUCUGCUGCCUCUGCAAUCGAAGCAAAUUCAUUUCUUAAAGCCAAUAAAAACCAGAAAUUGUCAAACGUUUUUCGCAACUGUGAAAAGAGUAGCGCAACAAAAUCAUAGUCAAAGCUCAACUAUUUUCUUAUUUUAAUCGACCCGCCAACACGGUUUGUCUAGAGAGAGAGAGAGAGAGAGAGAAAACGCACAACAACACAUCAGCUACGUUCAAUUGUUUUUAUAAUUUGUUGCCUCAAAUCAAUAUCACAAUUUUUUGAAAUUUUAUCACAUUAAUAAAGACCUAGAUAGAGAGAGAGAAAGAGAAAGAAUUUAUAGUCAGUUGUACAAUGUACAUUUUAUACGAGAUAUUAUUUUAGCAAAAAACGAAACAUUUCUUACCAAUUAUUGAUAGACGAGUGUGUGGUUUAUUAUAUACUCUAUACAAUUAUUAUUACCUUUUCCAAUCAUAUUUUAUCCUUUCAAAACCCGACCCGACCGUAAAACGUUCGAGUUCUUUUGUUACUAAUUUAUUCAUUGAUAAAAUUAACGGAAAUAAAUUGCACGAUAUUUGAUGCAAAUUAAUUUUUAUUCAUUUCGGGUGUUUAUUAUGUAAAUAUUGUUUAGGCGGUAAUGUAUAUUUGUUGAACCAAUGAGAUAAGCUGAACUUAUUAAAAAUUAAUUAUGGAAAAA